AACGUGCUGACAUGGCGACAGAUGAUGCAAAGAUGUUUAAAAUGGAGGAAAAUAGUGCUUUGUUAGCGAAACGCGAGAUGGGAAGUCCAGAGAGAGUAUCUACGGCGGUGAUAGAAGACGAUGACGAGGACAUGCAUUGUCGUGCUCUCAGUCCCAAAGAACCUGAUCUUGUGAGUAAAAGGCAAGGGACGGCGCUCUCCAAACCACCUUACUCCUACAUAGCGCUUAUUACAAUGGCGAUCUUACAGUCACCUCAACGCAAGCUCACCCUCAGUGAUAUCUGCGAGUUUAUCAAGCGAAGGUUUCCGUACUAUAGAGAGAAGUUCCCGUCCUGGCAAAACUCAAUUAGACACAAUCUCUCGUUGAACGACUGCUUCGUCAAGAUGCCCCGAGAACCGGGAAAUCCUGGUAAAGGAAAUUACUGGACUCUAGACCCCGCGAGCGAAGGAAUGUUCGACAACGGCAGCUUCUUGAGGCGAAGGAAGCGAUUCAAACGACCGAGGCCGCCGGAUGGCAUGAGCGGCUCAUAUGGAUUACAGUAUUACUGGAAUUGCGAUUCGUUAUGUUGGAGAGCUCCGCUGUACGCGACGACGUACCCGAUAUCUGCGUACGUCCCCUACUUCUCACCACCACACGCCAUCCCAAGACCACCGUCACUACACAGAGAUCCACCUCCGUCACUACCUCCCCAACUACCGCUCUCCCUUCCUACACUCGCACCCAAGGACAAGGAAAAAGAAAAACCCAAGUUCACCAUUGCGAGCAUCAUGGGUGAGAGCGAAGAGCCAAAAAGACCGAAAUCUGCCGAGUCAGAACAUUCGCCGAUUCACUCACCGACUGAGAGCCGUGUGUUUGGCUGCGGCUCGGCGAGCUCACCGUGCCCUUAUGAUAGUAUAAACGCGUGCCGUGGGUUCUGUGUACAGUGUAACUACGCUGCUGUCAGGUAGCUUUUAUGGACACUCAAGCCUAAAACCAGUGAAAAUACUCUCUCAGGGCGAACAAUUGGAAUUCUCCAUGAGGACUUUGACUUGACUCAAUGACUGACUCGAAGGAGAUGUUUAUAGUCGUUUCUCUUCCUAAUUCCUUUCCUGUGUUUACCAAACUUCGUUACACUUUUCUAUUAAGCUCUACUUUUGCCUUUCAUUGCUUUCAACUAAACCUUCAUCAGCAUUAAUUGGCCCUCGUUACUCUCAAUGAUAUUGUAAAUAGCUGAAACACGAGUUCAAUACGAAUGACCCUCAUCCAUGUAGUGCAGGCUUACAUCUAUUCUAUUGUAACUUGUGAACUCUUGAAUUGUACAUAAAGUGACUUCAUUGCGA